AUGGACUUCUCUCGAAUCUCACCUCCCUCCAUCAAUGUCCACGACUUUAAUAGUGGCUACAACCAUCACAUGUCUGUCGCGAGAUCCUCAUAUGCUAUGCCUGGACAGGCCUUUCCUCUACAAGGGCCUGUCCCCAUCCGGACAAAUUCCAUGACAACAUUCGCGCCUCCACCGUUACCGCCUCCACCACGAAUUAGCGAUCUUGAAAAUGGGUAUGAUGCUGGUUUUUUACAUGCAAACUCGAGACUCCCCCCUGGAUCUGCCAAACUUGCGCCCAUCAAUCCCGACUCGAGCCUAUUUGGAAACCACCGCCGCCCUGAUUAUUCCGUACCCAGGAGCGAUCGGAUGGCAUUGGAUGAAUUAGACGGCCGGCAGAGCAGUUUACCCAUUUCAAGAAGUCCGGAGGCACAUAUCAAAAUCGAACCACCACCUUCAACCGAUGAAGGCUUCCGGAAUUCUAUCUCUAUUAAAAAUUCUGGACCAAUUCUGAAAGGCGAGCAUGAUUUCUCCCGAAGGAGCGUGAAGGAUUCUUCGGAUGCGUACGACCAACAUCUAUUAUCGAAAAUCGGGAAGCCUCUCUCUCCGCGGCAAUCAGUCAGUCUGGGAGCGGAGGGUAAAGGAUCUUUGUCAACCCUUUCGAUUCCUCCCAGGGGCCUCGCAAGCUUACCUUCUCCAGGUGGCUCUGAUGUACCCUCCUCACUCGACGUAAGGUGGUCAGGCAGUUCGCAGUCGAGUGGCAUAUCCCCCGGUACGAAAGUCGGUUGGAGAGACUAUAUCGGCCAUCGAAGCCCUAGCGUCGAGAGCAAUGCACCUUCCUCUUCAAUAGAUUAUGAUAACUCGGCAUAUCUUCGUGAUGCAGGUCGUCGCAGAGGUGGCACAACCCCGCAGUAUGACGAGAUCUCUAGCCUUCCAAGUCGAUCCCAUAGAGGAAGCUAUGACCAAGGCGUUGUUUCGGACAUUGAAGGCGACUUUAUCACGGAUGAUUCUCUACCGUCGCGACUGUUUAGUCUCCGGGAAGCAACUCCAAGUUAUCUAGAAACAUCUAGGUCUGGUAUCAAAAGAAGAGCGUCAUCACCUCCUCGAGAACCCAUUAACAAUGACAAGCAUGCACUGCAUACGACAACAAGCAAUGGCGACCUAUCCCAAAGGAGAACCACUGGCCACCCAUUUACCAAUAGCCUUUCGGUGUGUAGCAGUUUUACGCCCAGCCAUGGAUGUAUUUCUGUUGCUUCUUCAGCAAGCUUGCGAACGUCUACGUCGUACUCGUCAGCGGCCCCCUCACUAGGAAGCAGCAUAACUACUGUAUCGACAUACGAUCGUCCAUCACCAGGGGGAUUAUCACCCAAGUCAGAUAUUGAUUCUUAUCAUGACAAGCCUUCUCUAUGCACUAGCAGCUCAUCGGGAUUCCUGGGCCAAUCAGGCACUAGAUCUGUUCAAGGCCCCAUUCCACUAGAGUCUUCUAGCACAGACCCAGCCAGGAAACUAUCCUUCCCGACGAGUCUCAACGUGCCCAAGCCCACAGGAUCAAAGAUUGGUGGACUGUAUAUCUGCGACUGCUGCCCGAAGAAACCAAAGAAAUUUGACAACCAUGAAGAGCUGCGUGCCCAUGAGAUGGAAAAGCAGUAUUCAUGCCUUUACUGCAACAAUAGGUUCAAGAACAAAAACGAGGCCGAACGCCAUCAAAACUCCCUUCAUUUGCGACGUCAUUCUUGGUCGUGUGCUGCCCUACCUAGUUAUCAAGCAGCAUUCCAUCCUUCCUCUUCUCCGUCAACCCAGACCGGCUCGGGUGCCUCGCAUGACAGCUGUGGAUACUGUGGCGAGGAGUUUCCUAACUUUCCUCAGCCCGACUGGGAUCAGAGAUUUGAGCAUCUGACUACGGUGCACAAGUUUGGAGAGUGCAACAAUUCGAAGAAGUUUUACCGUGCGGAUCAUUUCCGGCAACAUCUCAAGCACAGUCACGCAGGAACAAGUGGCAAGUGGACUAAUAUACUGGAAAAUGCCUGUAUGAAAGAAGAAACACCACCUGAAUCUCAGAACAGCAGCCCAUCAACCGGAACACUGUCGAAUAAGAUCAGCGACGUUAUGAGCAAUUGCUGA